GGCCAUGCCCCCCUCAGGACGACGUGAGGGGCGGGGCCAGAUGGCCGGCUGGUGUUGUGUGGGUUUGCUGGGUCGCCCUAGGAUCGCUUGCGGCGCGAUCGUGGAAACUGAGGCCAGGGACCAAAUCGAGUGAGGUCCCACGCGAGGGUCGCACGUGCAGAGAUCCGCGCGCGGGGCCAGACGCAGGAAGGAGCUCACCGGGCAGCUGCUGCUUCCGGAGACUAGCAGGGGACAGCAGUCUCUUCUGCCGCCACAGAGAGGUCACGAGACAGACUUGAAGUGUAGCAGCAGGUCUCCUGGUUGGGAUUCUGGAUUCACGAACCUUGGAGAGGGGAGGUCAGCGGGACUUUAAGAGGGUCAGCCUAAGUUUGCCAGUCUUGUCAGAGAAUCAGCUUUGCUUUCCCCUGGGUUUUCUCCGUCCCACUAGGAUGGCGCCUGCACCGGAAGGAAGCGGUGAUGUCCUGUGGUCAGAUCCCUCUAGGGGACCCCUUGAUGCCUACCGAAUGCGAGCCUCCUUCAGCCCCAGGGAACUGCAGCUCUUCUGGGAAGGCGAGGACACACUGCGCUUCAAGAAGGCCGUCUUCUUGGCUUUGGAGAAGGACCCGCUCUUCGCUGGCUCCCGCGGGAUGGACCUGUCCCUGGAGAAGUACCGCGAGCUGAGCUUCCUCCGAUGCAAGCGCAUCUUUGAGUACGGCUUAUUUGGCUUGGGCAGCCUGGACCAGAGCCUGGGCAGCCUGGACCAGAGCCUGCUGCGGUUCCCAGUCCUGUUCUCUUGCCUGGGCGCGUAUGACUGGUCUCUGGGUGCCAAGUUAGCCCUCCACCUGAUGGUGUUUGGAUCAGCUCUUUACAGCCUUGGCUCUGAGCGGCAUCUCAGAUACAUUGAAAAGCUCUUGAACAUGGAGAUCUUUGGCUGUUUCGCUCUGACUGAACUGAGCCAUGGGAGCAACACCCAGGCCAUCAGGACUACUGCGCACUACGACCCUGCCACGGAGGAGUUCAUCAUCCAUUCCCCUGACUUCGAAGCUGCCAAAUUUUGGGUGGGCAACCUGGGCAAGACAGCGACCCACGGGGUGGUUUUUGCGCAGCUGUACACGCCAGAUGGCCAGUGCCACGGGCUGCACCCCUUCAUGGUACAGAUCCGGGACCCGAAGACACUGCUCCCCAUGCCAGGUGUGAUGGUUGGCGACAUGGGGUGGAAGCUCGGGCAGAACGGCCUGGACAAUGGUUUCGCCAUGUUCCACAAAGUGAGAAUUCCCCGCCAGGACCUACUGAACCGGGCCGGGGAUGUCACCCCGCAGGGCACCUAUGUCACCGCCUUUAAGGAUGCCAGACAGCGCUUUGGGGCGUCCCUGGGCAGCCUGUCCUCAGGGCGCAUCUGUAUCACCAGCGUGUGCGUGACGAACCUACAGCAAGCCGUGUGUAUCGCGGUCCGCUUCUCAGCCACACGGCGCCAGUUUGGCCCCACGGAGGAGGCGGAGGAGAUCCCCGUGCUCGAGUACCGGCUGCAGCAAUGGCGCCUGCUCCCGUAUCUGGCAGCAGCCUAUGCCCUGGACCACUUCUCCAAGUCGCUAUUGCUGGACCUGAAGGGACUAUACCAAGGUCUGCUCAGCGGAGACCGCUCGGCCCAGCAGGCAGAGCUUGGCCGGGAGAUCCACGCUCUGGCGGCGGCUGCCAAGCCCCUGGUCUCCUGGACAGCGCAGCGGGGGAUCCAGGAGUGCCGGGAGGCAUGUGGGGGGCAUGGCUAUUUGGCCGUGAACCGAUUGGGCGACCUCAGGAAUGACAAUGAUCCGAACAGCACCUAUGAAGGUGACAACAACGUCCUGCUGAGGCAGACCAGCAGGUACCUGCUGAGCUUCCUGGAGCACCAGGGGCAAGAUGGAGCUUGCUUCCAGAGCCCUCUGCAGACCAUGGACUUCCUGCAGGCCUACCCCGGCAUGCUUAGCCAGAAGUUUCAGGGCACCAGAGUGGCCGACUGGCUGGAGCCCGCAGCCCCCCUGGCGGCAUACACGUGGCUGGUUUGCUACCUGCUCCGAAGGAGUCACCAGAAAGUCACCCAGGAGAAGAGAUCAGGGCACAGCGACUUCGAAGUGGUGAACAGCAGCCAGGUCUAUCACCUCCGGACACUGGCCCUGGCCUUCAUAGAGCUGACCGUGGUGCAGAGGUUCCACAAGCAUACGCAUGGCCCCGACGUGCCACCUGCUCUGCAGGCUGUGCUCGGCCGGCUCAGCGCACUCUACGCCUUGUGGUCCCUGAGCCAGCACACAGCUCUGCUGUACCAAGGUGGCUACCUCUCUGGCGAGCAGGCAGGUCAAGCCCUGGAGGACGCCAUCCUGGAGCUGUGUGCCCAGCUGAAAGAUGAUGCAGUGGCCCUGGUGGACGUGAUUGCCCCUCCUGACUUUAUUCUGAACUCCCCGAUUGGCAGAGCUGAUGGCGAGCUGUACAAGAACCUGUGGGGCGCUGUGCUGCAGGGCCGUGGCGUGCUGGAGCGGGCGUCCUGGUGGCAGGAAUUCUCCGUGCACCGACCCGUGGUGGGCAGCCUCAAGUCCAAGCUGUAGGCACCGGUGGCAGGCAGACAGACAGGGACCUGGAGUCUGGCUGCAGAGACACCUGGAUGAUCCUGUCACACAGGGCCACACUGGGCAGGUCGCACCGGAUUGCGGGGUCCACUGGGGUCGGGUGAUUUGCUAUGGGGACAAGGCGCUCGCGUGACCGAGUCUUCCUGGGGGUCCAGGGCUUUGGUGAUGGGAUCUGGCACAAGGGCCAAGUGUAACGUAUUCAGGAUUUUCUGGCCAGAUCAUCUUUUGAAUUCAUCUGAGAUUUUUUUUUACACAACUCCACUUCUCUGAGAAAUUAACAUGCUGCUCUGAUUCCCUGCCAACUCCAGUUUGACUCUGUCACACGUAAUCAAUUGUAUUAGCACCUGAUUAGUUUGUCAUGUGAAUCUCUGAACAACAUAGUUGAAGAUUGUAAGAAAAACUUUUAAUGACUUUCCUUUGUGGAGUGAGAAGUUUCCCCUGAGAAUGUGCCGCGGAAGCAGCCAGUAACCUGAAGGGCUGGACCGUGCGGCUGCUGGCGGGCCCUGUGUGCAAACUACUCUGGUGCGGUGGGUUUAGUCCGUUUGUCCCCAGCAGUGCCCUUGUCCAUCCUGGCUGUGCCUCAGCAAAGUCUUACGCUUGACAUGCCCUGUGGUGCCAGCCAGGGGGCACACGAACUCUUUGUGCCUUUUAGGAAGUUUCGGUCCACUCAGCCCCUCCCUUCUGCUGUUCUAGAAAAUGAGAAUCAGAGUUCCAGACUCAGCUGUGCCAUGGGUUGGUACAGACCUCAGAGGAGCUUUAGGGGCUGCUCCUGCAGAGAGCCAGGUCUCAGACACUCAGGGCCCCGGGGUCAGCUACCUGCUGCAGUUACCAGCCCAAGGCACCAGGAAGGUUGAAGUGGGGGACCUGCCAGGGGAUGCCCUGCUCCCUCAUCCUGGGACAGGGCUGUCAGGCUAGCUGGGUCAGGCAGGCCUCGGGAAGCCUGCAGGGGACAUUGCAGGGGUACAGAACCCUACACAGCUCCUGCCGGGGAGACUACCUGCCCACCCCAGUGCCAGUCCAGUCCCAGGUGGGGUUGGGGCGGGCUGAGACACUGGGGUGACAUUAGAAAAAUUCCAUUCUGAGUAAAAGUCAUUUAAACAAUAAAGCAGUUAAAAUUGAA